CUAUAAUUAGCCCCACUGCACAGUAUUCGCUUUUUACAUUCAGUUUAGUGCCGGGUGUAGUGUUUGUUUACCGAAGGUUUUGACAGACGACGCAUAUAUUUAUGUAAACAAAUCUAUUUAUCAGUACAUGUUUUCGAUGAUAUUAAUUAAUGUAGUGUAAAAUAGUUUAUGUGAAUGUAUAAUAACAUCGAAUGAUUACGAAAUAAUAUGUAAUAACUUAGUAAUUUUAUCUCAGUUGGAUAAAAAUAGUUUAUUCGUGGUAGUAACAGUAAUUUAUUAUAUAGAGCUGCAUUCUUGCAGCAUAAUUUCUCAAAAUGAUUCUCGCUGGUAAUUUACAAAAACUUUCCACUAUUGCGUGUCAACGUUUGCCGUAUACUGCUGCAAACAACUCAAGAAGAUAUAGUAAUGGAAUCCCUCAAUAUGAUGUAGUUGUUAUAGGAGGUGGCAUAGUGGGUUCGGCCUCUGCUAGAGAACUAAUUAAAAGACAUCCAAAUUUGAAGAUUGCUUUAAUUGAGAAGGAGAAUCGUUUUGCAUACCACCAAAGUGGCAACAACAGUGGUGUUAUUCAUGCUGGAAUAUAUUAUAAACCAGGCUCAUUAAAAGCAAAACUAUGUGUGAGAGGUUUGGAAUUGUCUUACAAAUAUCUUGAUGAAAAAGGCAUAAAGUAUUCAAAAUGUGGUAAACUUAUUGUGGCUACACAGAGAUCUGAAGUACCAAGACUGUUUGAUUUAUAUGAAAGAGGUAUUAAAAAUGGAGUCAAAGAUAUACAAUUAUUAGACAAAAAAGAAAUGAAUGAAAUUGAGCCUCACUGUAGGGGGCUCCAAGCAUUGUGGUCACCUCACACAGGCAUUGUAAACUGGGCAGAUGUUACCAAAUCUUAUGUGGAGGACUUUGUUGAGCGUGGAGGGAAAAGCUACCUUAACUUUGAGGUUAAAAAGUUUAUAGAAACUGAAUCUGCUGAAUAUCCUGUGACAAUAACUGAUAUUCAAGAUAAUACUGUUGAGGCAAAAUAUGUGCUGACUUGCUGUGGAUUGCACUCUGAUAAAAUUGCAGUUAUGACUGGCUGUCCUGAAGAGCCAAAAAUUAUACCUUUCAGAGGGGAAUACUUAUAUCUAGUGCCAAACAAAAGUUCUUUAGCAAAAACGAAUAUAUACCCUGUACCUGACCCGAGAUUUCCAUUCUUAGGUGUUCAUUUAACGCCAAGAAUAGAUGGCAGAAUUAUUGUUGGUCCCAAUGCAAUUCUAGCAUUUAGUAAAGAAGGAUACAGAUGGGGUGACAUAAACAUUAAGGAGCUAAAAGAUAUAAUUGGCUUUUCUGGUUUUCGUAAAAUGGCAAUGAAAUAUGCAGGUUUUGGAAUCAAGGAAAUGGCUAGAUCUGUAGUGAUGCCUUUGCAAGUAUGGCAGAUCCAGAAAUACAUACAGGACUUGACUACUGCUGAUGUUGAAAGAGGUCCUGCUGGAGUUAGAGCACAAGCUAUGGCAAAAGAUGGUACUCUGAUAGAAGAUUUUGUAUUUGAUUCAAAACCGGGUUCUGGUGCUAUUGGGAGCAGAGUAUUGCAUUGCAGAAAUGCACCUUCACCUGGUGCAACAUCAUCGCUUGCCAUUGCAGAAAUGAUAGCUGACAAAAUGAAACAACAAUUUAAUUUAUAAAAUUUAACAGAAUGUACAUAUCCAAAUACAACAUUUGAAAAGAAUAGAUAUAGUAUGUAUAUUAUAUAAUUUAAAUAAGGCAUAUUAAUGUAUAUCCUGUAUUGUAAUAAAUCUAGUGAAGUUUAAAAUUAUGAGUUGUUAGAUGUUGCUUCUAUACUUUUUAUUAUUGUUAUAUUUCAUAUUUUUGCCUAUAGCAUAUUCAGAGAAAAAAAAUUAUAUACCUACUUAAUAUAUGUAUACAAAAUAUAUCUGCAGACUUCCAAUAUCUCAAAUGGAUUAUGUAAAAUUGACAACCUAAGAAAAUCACUUUUGACUUAGGUAUAAGUUUACAUUUUUACACCCCUUAUUCAAUCUCAGCUUUAUCUUUGCAAUGAUAACAAGUCUGUUUCUCAGUGCUGACAGCAUGGCAGCCUUCACAGUGCAUAGACAUAGAGCCGUUGUGUUGUUGUUGGCCGAAUCUAGUUGGCUGUCACAUAAAUGAAGCUGAGAAACAGACUUGUUAUCACAGCAAUGCUACAUCCUUAGAUAAAUAAUGUCUAUGAAUAAGGGGGUUAGACUUGUUUUUAUGAAUAGGGCAUUGUUGCAUUGAAUUUUAACAUUAAUCACGAAAUUAGAAAAUUUCAUGUUUUACAUUUUUAUUGUUUGAUUUCUUUAAAUAAGUUGUAUGAUAAGUGUAAACUAUGUUUAUAUGCAGUAAUUUGGUACACAAGGGUGCCAAUGGUUGAAGGCGUACAGAAAUGGAAAUUGAAAAUAUUACCUAAGUAAUACCUAAAACCUAAGUAAUGCCAGCUAUAAUUAUUUAAAUAUUUUUAAAUUGUUUAUCCUGCUACACUCUUGUGUCCCCAAUUCACACUAUAUUAUGGUAUAUUUUAUGUAAGGAUUGCUGUGCAUAUGUAUUAAGUUGUUAAAAAUUUAAAAUAAAUAAAGUUGAGGCUAUACCACUACUUAAUAUAUAUGCACAUGUUUAUAUGAAUGUUUUAUUGAAAGUUUUAAUGUAUUUUGGUUGUAGAAGUAUUUUUAUACAUCUUAUUAUGGGUGCUAAAAAUUAGUCUUAAAGGAAACAAUGGACUGUGGAUGGAUUCCUCAUAGUUUUAAAUAUUGUAUAUUGCUUUUUUAAAAUAAAAUUUACAAAUAUCUUGGCUUUUCCCACUGCUGUCAUGCAUAUAUAUAAGGAAAGCAUAAACAUAACAUAUCAUUUGCUAACUGAUAAUUGUAAUUGAUGUUUUGCUUUGAGCCUGUCUAUUUCACAGCCUUUUUGACUGAUUAUAUAACAAAAACUGUUGUUGUCUCUUGGUAUGUCCUUAGUUAUUCAGCUAUGACACCAUUUUUCGUGAAGUAUAUGUAUUGGAGUCGGAGGUCAUAUAUUGUUGUCAAAUGGAAUAAUAUGUUGCUAAUAACAACUAUGUACUCUGAUAAUCCAAACAUGGAAUAAACUGAAAUAAAAAUGUUUAUAUUUUAUA